AUGGGUGGGAACAAGUUGAAGCUAUCAUAUAUGAUCCCUAAUGCUUGGUUCUACAAGCUUAAUGAUAUGGGCAAAAGAAGGAAAAAUCAAAACCCUAAUCACUCCAAGCCCAAAAAGCAGCCUUCUCGUCUCACUUCUUCUAAUUCAUCACCCUUAAUAACAUCAAAUUCCAUGGUCUCUUCUUCAUCGGAUACCUCGUUCAAAAAAAAGAACUCUUCUUCCUUGUCACCAUCCACUCGCAGGAAAUCUCAAUACUUCAAAAGAGACCUCCCCACUCUGCCGAAUUCCUCCGACACACAUUUCUUGGAUUCUCCGAGAAUAUCCUCCAAACACAGGCCAAGUACCAGAAAAAACAGAGCAUCAUCUUCUCGCCGGCGUAACAAUCCCUCAGCUUCCGCCUCUGCUUCCGCCGCCGUAGUCGACCCCAAACCACCAACGCCGGAUUCCGACGUAUUCAACAAUGCUGAUGAUCAAUUACUGAUCAGGAAAGAUUCCAACUUUUGUAAGGUUCUUAAUCUCCAACUUCCUUCAAUUGUAACUAAAAAAGAACCCAAAAUGAAGGGUACAUUGGAGAAAGAAAGUGUUCUAGGAGAUAGAACCGGCAAGGUUAGACGUCGAAUGCUGGCGGUAACUUCGCCGGGGAUUAAACUCCGGUCAAAUUCUCCAAAGAUUAUGACCAGGAAACUCAAAACAUAUUCUCUUAAGAUUAUGAACAGGAAACUCAAAACAAAUUCUCCGAAGAUUAUGAACAGGAAAGAAGUUCAGGGGAAUGACUGGAAGAAGUUGGAGACCGGCGCCGUGAUAUUAAUAUCUCCGGCUAAUACGCGGAGUGAUUUCAUGGAUUCGAUGGUGGAGAUGAUUGUGGAGAAUGAUAUCAAGAGAACAAAUGAUUUGGAAGAUCUUCUUGCACUGAACUUUGGUUUAAACUUGCUGAUAUCAGGAUGGAGAAGAUGA